AUGGCCCAACGUGUUACUCUUCGCAAGCGCACUCCCUACAACACCACCUCCAACCGCCGGAGAGUGGUCAAGACCCCUGGUGGCAAACUCGUAUAUCACCACCUCAAAAAGCCCGCCAGCGGGCCAAAAUGCGGUGACUGUGGUGUCGGUCUUCCAGGAAUCCCUGCCCUCCGACCGCGUCAGUAUGCGACCAUCUCCAAGCGUCAGAAGACUAUCUGCCGUGCAUACGGCGGCUCACGGUGUGGCUCUUGUGUGAAGUCACGUAUCCUCCGUGCAUUCCUAGUGGAGGAGGCGAAGAUUGUGAAGAAGGUCAUCAAGUCGCAGCAGAAGACCGUCCGAAAAUAA